CACACGGCCGGCCGAGGAGCCGGCUCGACCUCCGUCUUUGUCCUCCGCACACAUACAGCCAACAUGAAGGGCGGCACCAUUAAGUCGACGGGCGGCCUCAGCGACUCAGACGCCGACAAGCUCGGCCGGCGACUGCGCAAGUCGAUGAACGGCAUCGGCACCGACGAACGAGUCAUCAUCGAGAUCCUGACCAAGAACGGCUGCGAGGAUCGUGAAACCAUCGCCGACCGCUACAAAAAACAGUUCGGACGGGACCUGAAAGAUGACUUGAAGGCGGAGCUUGGAGGCAACUUCGAGUCGGCCGUGCUGGCGCUGUGCGAGCAGAACAGCCAUCAUUACCUGGCGCAGUGGUGCCGGAAGGCCAUUCGGGGCCUCGGCACCGACGAAAACACGCUCAUCGAAAUUAUCUGCGGUUGCAAGCGGGAUAUGGUGGCACAGGUGGACGCCGCCUACAAAUACCAGUUUCGCCGCUCGCUGGAAGAAGACAUCGAGUCGGAGAUGAGUGGCGACGUCAAGCGCCUGAUGGUUGCGCUGCUGCAGGACGGCAGGGAAAACGACGACGUCGGCGUCAGCCCGCAGCGCUCCAAGGAUCUGGCCCAGGAGCUGUAUGAGGCAGGAGAAGGCAUGAAUAGCGGGACAGACGAGGAGACGUUUAUCCGAAUCUUCUGCACAACGAACUACCCCCAGCUCAAGAAAACAUUCGAGGAGUACACCAAAUUUGCGGAUAACUCGAUAGAAAAUGCCAUCGAGAAGGAGUUUUCAGGAGACCUGAAGGAAGCGCUUCUAACUGUAGUGCUGUGCGUCAAAGAUCAGAACGCCUACUUUGCUAAGGUGCUACACGAUGCGAUGAAAGGUGCCGGCACUGACGACGACACACUCAUCCGCAUAUUGGUCACGAGAUCAGAGAUCGAUUUGGAGGAUAUAAAGGAGGCCUUUAAGAAGGCCUACAAGAAGACGCUGGCAGAGGCGGUCACGGCAGAGACAUCCGGGGACUACCAGAAGAUACUGCUGGCCAUCAUCAAGUAAUGAGCGCACCUGGAGUGCUGCUCUCUGGAAGCGGUCAGCUGAGGAGUGUGCGAUCGCAGCCAAUUCGUUUGAAAAUUGAUUUAAACCUUAUUGAUGAGACCUUUCACGUAGGCGGUGUGGCAGGAUGCGGCAGCACCGCCCUGUGUGUGGUGUAUGUGGGAUCGGCCGCUGCUCCAUCCGCGUUCUAGCGAAGGGAGCACCGGCACACAUCAGCAGCCAGCCGGUGCCAUCGAGCCUAUUGCUGUGAAAGCUCCAGCCUUUUGCUGCAGAGCCAUCCGUAAGCCAGAGCAAAUCAUGCGAUGAUAUCGGCCUAUAACUAGUGCCAGGAUUCUGACAAGUCCUUGACAUUCUUAGGGAUCUGCAAUAACUCUGGACAGCAUGGAGACGUGCGCAAUGGAUGCUGCCUCCUGUCACACAUCAUGUGUUAUACCACCAUAUGCAUAGACUUUGUGUGCCACAAGAGUUGCCAUUUAAUUCCCGCCUGGUGCGAAACGUGUUGCGUGCAAUGAACUGCAAUACAUUUGCUAUAAUUUGA